AUGGCAUCAAAAAUUCAACCUUAUGGUCAAUAUCCUCGUUAUCCAGUUAAUGCAUCAUCAUCUUCGAAUGAGAAGAUAUCUGAUAAUUAUACCAGGAGACUAUCAGAAAUUAAUUUGGUACCUUCAUCACCAAAAUCAAAGACAUUUCCAUGGCCAACUAUCUUCUGGAUUGGUUUGGGCAUUCUAAUAUUUCUUGCCUUAGUCAGUGCUAUUGUGAUACCUAUUGUCGUUUUAUCAAAUAAAAGUGACACGGUAAUUACGACAACAAUUUCUACAAUAUGUCCGACAACAUCAAUUACUACUACAGUAACUGCAAGUUCACUUCCUGCUCAAUGUUCUAGUUAUACAACAAUUACAGAUGACACACGAAGUCCGGACAAUUUAGUAUUGAGUACUUGUGAUGAUACAAUAUUAUCAACAACACCAAUAUGGGUUCGUUUUACUGGAUCAGGUGGAACUCUUUUAGCUAGUUGUCCUAUUGAUGAAGGUCGAUGUGGAGCAGAUGCUCCUGGUUGGUAUAGUGGAAUUUAUCCAUCUCUAGCUGGUGCUGUUACAUCUGGUUACGUCUGCUUUAAUUAUAAUUCAGAUUUAUGUUAUUGGACAAUUUCGACUUUAGUAACUAAUUGUAAUGGAUUUUAUGUAUAUUAUUUGUAUGCACCACCCGCCUGUACUUUACGAUACUGUACUAUAUAA